AUGGAUACUGAUGAGGAAUACAUGUCGACGAUGUCGACCGAUGAUGAGGUACUCAUCGACGAUUCCGGCGACGAAGAUUUCGGCGAUGAUUUCGAUGAUGAUGCACCAGACCCAGAUUUCGGGUUGUCCUCGAAAGAUCUAGAUAAGAAGAAGAAAGCUUACGAGACAACUCACAAGGUUUUUGAACCAUCGGAUAUUCAGCGCCAGCAGUCGGAGAUGAUCGAUGAAGUCAACAUGAUUUGCGAUAUCAGAAAAGAGGAUGCCGCCAUCCUUCUCAGGCACUUUCGAUGGCAGAAAGAGCGGCUGCUCGAAGAUUACAUGGACAGGCCAAAAAAGGUUCUCGAGGCUGUUGGUCUUGGCAGGUCCUCGUCCAAUCUGCCCAAACUAGAGAUUGUGCCUGGCUUCAUGUGCGACAUCUGCUGUGAGGACGGGGACGACUUGCAAACUUUUGCCAUGAAGUGUGGUCAUCGGUUUUGUGUUGAUUGCUAUAGGCGAUACCUUACCCAGAAGAUCAAAGAAGAAGGCGAAGCCGCAAGGAUCCAGUGUCCCGCCGAUGGGUGCCCCCGUAUCCUCGACUCUCGGUCGCUGGACAUUCUCGUAAUGCCUGACCUUCAGGGCCGGUACAGGGAACUUCUCAACCGUACGUAUGUCGAGGACAGCGACGUCCUGAAGUGGUGCCCAGCACCAGACUGCGCGAAUGCCAUCGAGUGUGCAGUGAAGAAGAAGGAUCUCUCUCGCAUUGUGCCGACGGUGUCCUGUCGCUGUGGCCACUGCUUCUGUUUCGGUUGCGGCCUCAACGACCACCAGCCUGCCCCUGUGAGCUGGUGA